UUGAGAAAUACACAUGUAUCGGUGCUUUAACAACUCAUAAGCCGUAUGCAGGCCUGCAGACGUUAAUCUUUUUCUAUGAGUGUGAAAUAGAUACUGUGCUCCAUCACCGUGCCUUGCUCAGAGUAAAGUUAUCAGUCACCAUUUAUUGGCUUUAUUACUCCUCAACAAGAUUGACAGUUUGAGCUCACUUGGACUGGCAUUUAAAAAAUGGCAAGGAACCGCAACUCCUCAACCGUCAUGCCUGCCGAUUUUGACAGGACUCGAGCUGUUGCCGUUUGUAAUCCCAUGGCACCUCCCCUCCUACCAAAAAUAGUCAUCAGUGCGUUACUUACUCUUCAAAGGAACAUCACUGCGGGCAGAGGUGAUGGGCUUGAGCAGUUUCAGUCUGCGGAGGAGCGAGUUGCCGAUGCUCUUCGCCGUAUGUCCAUGACAUACACGAAUCUGGGUAAGGCGCAUAAAAUCCCGCAGCCUGAUUUCGCGGAUGCUGCGUACCGAUGGGCUUAUGUGUAUCAGUACCUCACAAAACAUUGCCACCUCAUUUAUCAAAUGCUCUGGCUACUACUGCCGUUCGACAUUACCAAGCGGUGGCUGGAGAGAGGCGUUGAUGUCUGCUCCGUCGGAGGAGGCCCGGGCACCGAUGUCAUCGGGGUUCUCGUCUAUCUCCAGUCCGUGAGGUCCUAUCUCGGCAAACCGGCCUGCGAGCGCGUCGUCGGGCAUGUCCUCGACAAGUUUGCCACGGCGUGGAACGGGGCCUGGUUGGCUAUUCGGGAAAGUAAUUCCGUGCUUAAAAAGAGCCAAAUAUAUUGUAAGUAUAUCGCCUGCGACCUUCUGGCUGACUUGCCGACGGCUGCCAUGGAGCAGGAGAUCCGACAGGCCGACUUGGUGACCAUGAUCAAGUCGUUCUCCGCGUUCGUUGCAUUCAUGCGGGACGGCCGCGACAUUAGGCAAUGUGCGGUGGCGAAACUUCUGAAGCAGAUGAAGCGAGGGGCGGCUGUGCUCUUCAUCGACAACAAGGAUGAGGCUUACGUGGACAGAGCCUCGUCGUUGAGUUUCAUGCCCAAGACCCAAAAUAAGACACUUCUGCGAGACAUUGCUAAGCCAGCUGGGCUUGAAAUCCUCGGGCAGUGGCACGGCAACACCGAAACCUUGUUACUUCGGGAGGAUUACCGUGACCUGAAGCGAUAUCAGGAGCAACUCCGCCUGGACUGGAACCCGCUUCGCAAAUGCGCAGUCAGUGUGUUCCUCCUGUACAAGCCCUAAAAAACCCCAAAUUACUGAUGACUCGUAGCCUGUUUGUUCCACGCGGAUCUGGAUCGCGAUCAGUGAUCCGACACUGGUUCACCGACACCAGAACCUGCCUCGUGGAUAGCGCAAACCAGCUUUCAGAUCAUUGAUCGAGACCCAGAUCCGUAUGAAACAAACAGACCCUAGCCGUCAAAACGUGGUACAUUAUGCUGCCGAACAGUAACAUGAGACGACGGAUGAUGUGUCCACGUCAAUUAAAAACUAAUAGCGAGUCUGAAACAACAAAUUAUACAGGACGGUAUUCCGGAAAAACCAAACCCCGAGGAAAGGGGUUAAUAUGCCCAAACCAUAAGAUAUGAUAAUAAUGUAUAAGGAUCUCUGAAAAGUAGAAGCAGUAUUCGUUCUAAUGAUACCUCUUGUGGUAUCCCUCCUGUCAUGCAUGACUGAACACCAUUGUCUUGAAAAGGGGCAUCGUCCGAACUCAGUUGUCACACUUUGGAUAAACCUCUGUUAUGCUUGUAAAAUGGUAAAAUGGCUGCGAGUGAAUUCAUUAAUCUCCAUAAGCUGAUUUAGGGCAUUGCGAAUCCAGAUUUUUUAAAAAUACGUCCGUGACUGUGAUUGGUCAACGCGUUGCGCGUUGCAAUCUCUUGAAGACAACCACCCCUAUAAGUGUAAGAGGAGAGUGGUACGCGCUCACGAAGGAGAUGGUCUGUUGACUUUGCCCAGCGCACACUCGAUGCGUAGCAUAGGCGUGACCCUAGCAAGAUGUGUGUAAACUGAGCAGUAGCGUAUAAUACUAAGGGGAAUGGAGGCACGACUCCCGCCGCUUAAGGGGCUGGGCUAUGCAUUCGCUUAGACUAAAAUAUUCUAGGAGGAAAAAUCAGGUGAUAGUGCGCUUUGAUCAGUGUUUUAAGUGUGACCAAACCCACUGAGUGGCGGCCCUCUAAAAACAAGGACCCCAAGUACCCCCUCCAAUAUGUACCCUGUUACGCCACUGCAUUCACGCAGAGCAAAUUUUUGGCUCUGGAUGAAUUUCAAAAACGUAAGGAUCCGCUCCGAGCAGGAACAAAGGAGGGAGUGUUUUGAAAUAAAAUCGCUCGUCACCAAGCGCUCGAACAGGGCG